UUCUAGCAGGAAACGGAAGUGUCAGUGACUAGCUACAACUAUAUUUGAGAGCUCCGGAGCUUACUUCUCGCUAAACACAGCCAAAGUCAGAGGUCGGUGCCCGUGCAAAGGCCAUCGGAUCAAUGGCUCUGCCUGGUAACCUCAGGUUUAGGGUGCUGCUAGCCCUGCCAGGGGUCUUGGCCUCUGGGGCAGACACAGAGGAUGGUGCAGGCUCCAGUGCUGUCACCAUCAUCCUGCUGCUCCUGCUCCUGCUGCUGCUUGUCACUGCCCUGGCCUUGGCCUGGCAUCGCCUCAGCCGCGCCUCUGAGGGAUACUACCACCCAGCUCGCCUGGGUGCUGCCUUGUGGGGCCACACCCGCCGCCUGUUCUGGACCAGCCCUGCAGGCCGCUGGCUUUGGGCCCGCACUGAGCCAGGAUUCCCAGAGGAACCAGAGCAGCAAGAGGACGAACAGGAUGUAGAAGAGGAUUUCAUGAUGGAUGGCGACCCUGAGGGAGCUGGUCCACAGGAAGAGGAGCAGGAGUGUGAAGCAGGGGCUCAGGCAAAGCAGGCUCCAGAAGCACAGGACACAGACAGUGAAGGGGGCCUGGGCCUCAGCUCUCCGGGUCCUGUGGGCUCCGGCAGCAGUGCUGAGGCCCUUCUGAGUGACCUGCAUGCCUUUUCAGGCAGCGCAGCCUGGGAUGACAGUGCCGGAAAGGCAGGGGGCCACGGCCUCCAUGUCACCGCACUGUAGGAGCCAGCUUGUCCUGUCCAUGCCCCAGCCUCUGACUAUCUCUCUUUCCCUGUCAUGAUGAAACACAAACUGCCCCGGACCUUUCCCACCCCACCCUCACAUGCAGCUUCUCAGACUGCCCCCCACCACACUGAAAAUAAAACUUAAGGCCUGA